AUGCUAAAGAGAAUAAACAGCUAGAAGCCGACUCUUGAUUUCUUAAAGCUAGAAAAGGAUCGAAAAGAUUAAGAGAGGCUGAUCUCAAAUAUUGCUCAGCAUCCGCAUAUAUUUAAGGUGAAGGGUAACGUUCUGUAAAACUCAGUUUCAAAAGUUUACAACCCAGUAAAUUAUCAAUAGGCUUUUCAUCUAUUAGAGAUUCUAAGUGAUAAAAGAAGAGACGAUAAUCAGAGCAAGUUCAGGUUACCUCCAAUGGAUAUAACUGAUAUUAACAGUCACUAUAAAAACGACUCUAUCACAAGAAUUCCUGAAUCUGGUGUAUUGAAUACUAUAUAACUAUCCGGAAAGUCAAACAAAAAGAAGAGCUAUAUCCCCUUGGUAUUCAAAGAUGAUCCAGAACUUUAGUUAGAAAGAAAAGUAAUUCAUCAGGAAAUGUAUACUUUAAAUAAUGGUAAAGACUAUGUAAUUGAGCUCUCAUUUACCCAAAGAAAACUGAUAAUAAUAGCAGCUAGAAAGCGCAAACAUUUCAAAUUGGAGUUUCCUAAAAAGCAAGGAAAGCGCUUAGUCUAUGAUGCAGUAAGCUCAGUUCACUAGUUCGCCUCUCUUGUCAGGAUAUCCAAAUCUGAGACUUUAUACAUUGACGGUUUAAAAGAUCUGCUGAAUUCUAGUGUGGAGAGAAAAGUGUCGAAAAGAUUAAUACAAUCUGUAAUUCCAAGUGAUGAUGGCAAAUCUGACAUGUAUAAUUAAAAUUAAAGACCAUCUCCCAAGAUUAUAAGCAGCUUUUAGACUCCAGUCACAAAUUUAUUCAAGAAUGAAAGGAUGAGUGUCAAGAGCUUUGGUGAUGAUUUCUCAUAGCAAAAUUAAAUUAUCAACAAAUUCGCAGACCAAAUGUAUGAUUCAAACGGCUAUACCCAACAAGAAGAAGAUGACACAUAAGGACGACUCACAAUAAGUGAAGAUGAAGAAGAACAGGAGUUAGGAAAACCACCCGGACUCUGA